CAUGAUCAAACGUUAACUUGUGGUAUAGUAAUUACAAUUAUAUUUUUUAAGAAAUUAAGGGUAUAGUACGUAUAGUACUUGAUAUGGAAGGAGAAGUGAACAAGGAGGCAGAAACACUUCCUCCAGGGUUUCGGUUUCAUCCUACCGACGAAGAACUCAUCACUUCUUAUCUUAUAAACAAGAUCUCGGAUUCGAGUUUUACUGGUAGGGCAAUUACUGACGUUGAUCUCAAUAAAUGUGAGCCUUGGGAUCUUCCUGGAAAGGCAAAAAUGGGAGAGAAAGAGUGGUAUUUCUUCAGCCUAAGAGAUAGAAAAUAUCCAACAGGAGUGAGAACAAACAGAGCCACAAACACCGGGUAUUGGAAGACAACGGGCAAGGACAAGGAGAUCUUCAAUGGCGUCACCUCCGAGCUUGUUGGUAUGAAGAAGACGUUGGUAUUUUAUAGAGGGAGAGCCCCUCGUGGUGAAAAAACUAAUUGGGUCAUGCAUGAAUAUCGUGUUCACGCCAAAUCUGCAUUUCGAACUUCCAAGGAUGAGUGGGUUGUUUGUCGUGUUUUCCAAAAGACCGCUGGUGGCAAGAAGUAUCCGUCAUCCAGUUCCAGUCAUUCAAGAGGCAUGAUUAAUCCCUACAACCUUGAUAUUGGCCCUGCUUCAGGGAUUCAUAUGCCUCCAUCGGAUCCAACUGCAAGUUACCAAUUCCCGGUUGGAUUAGGAAGAACUUACAUGAACAAUGCUGACCUCUCUGAGUUUUCUAGGGUUUUUAGAGGUAACACGAAUAUGCCUCUGCACCAAACCCAGAUGAACUACCCUAACGGAGGUGGAGCUGAAUGCUUUACUAUUUCUGGGCUGAAUCUAAACCUAAGAGGAUCAACUUCAGCACCAAUGAGGCCAAUGGGUGGAGCACAACCACCCCUACCACUACCACCAUAUCCACAAGAGGAUGUAACUUCUUCGAUGCUUAUAAACAGUUGCGGACUCGGAAAUGAGCAAUCCAUGGGUUAUGGUGGGGAUAUGAGUAGCAAUGCAAACAACAAUCGGUUCAUGACGAUGGAGCAGUGUGCAGAUCUUGACAAUUACUGGGCUCCUUAUGGACUGCCCAUAAAUGAAGGAUGA